AUGAAUCCUUCAUCUUUACCCGACGCCUCGGAGGUGACUGAGCUGGAGGGUGAAUUUCCCAGUACCGAACAUGGCGGUGGGAGACGGCCUAUCAAGGUCGAUGAUCCGCCAAAGUUCGACUUGGAUUCCUACAUUGCAAACUAUAGCGGGCGCACGAGAUUCGAUCGCCUCUACCUGAUCGGUACUUGCUCGACAUAUCUCGCUACCGACGCACUCAAGGCCGCGGUUGUGGAAGCCAAAUCCGGCAAGGAUGUCGGCAGAUACCAAAAGGCCGUCAAGGCAUUGGCCGAGGUCGCACCAGACGAGCCCGAAGCAGUCCUAGAUAACGACUGGGUGGAACGCACGCAGAAGCUUGUCCGAGCCGAGACAGAUCGGUUGGAGCAUGAACUGAGAGGUUACAAGAACAACCUGAUCAAAGAGAGCAUAAGGAUGGGGAAUGAAGAUCUUGGAUCGCACUAUCAUCAGAUCGGUGACUUGGCGGCGGCCGCCAAGGCGUAUGCCCGCAUGAGGGAUUACUGUACGACGCCAAGUCAUAUCGCUUCGAUGCAACUGAAGAAUAUCCACGUCGCCGUGGACCGCGGAGACUGGCUAGGCGUGCAGUCGAAUGUGCAUCGACUGCGCACGCUGCAAACCAAGCCCGAAGAGCAAGCCAAAAACCAGCCAAAGAUGUGUGCAGCCAUGGGGUUGGCUCAGAUGUCGCUUGGCGCCUAUCUCGACGCGGCGAACAGUUUUCUGGCCACCGAUCCCAGCCUCGGGGACAGCUACAACGAGGUGAUCACUUCGAACGACGUGGCUGUGUACGGUGGACUGUGUGCGCUGGCGUCGAUGGACCGGAAUGAGCUGCAGCGUCGGGUCCUGGACAACAGCCAGUUCCGCAACUUCCUGGAGCUGGAGCCGCACAUCCGGCGUGCGAUUUCUUUCUUCUGCAAUUCCAAGUUCCGGCCGUGCCUGGAGAUUCUGGAAGCGUACCGGACGGACUAUCUGCUUGAUCUGCAUCUGCAACGGCACGUUUCGACGCUGUAUGAUCGCAUCCGCACCAAGUCUAUCCAACAGUACCUUGUGCCCUUCAGCCGGGUGACGUUAGACGCCAUGGCCAAGACGUUCGCGCCGUCUACCGCGGGUGGGAAUGCGAACCCAGCAGACCUGAACUCGCCGUUUGUGCAGGAGCUGAUCCGACUGAUCGAGGACGGCACCCUAGAUGCGCGGAUUGACCUGGAGAAGGGGGUGAUGGUGUCGAAGCAGACGGAUCUGCGGAUGGACGUGCACCAGGCCGCGCUCGAAAGCAUUGAGGAGUAUGUGCGGGAAGCGCAUCUGCGGCUGCUGCGUGCGAAUAUCCUGCACGCAGGGCUGGAGGUGCGGCCUCUGGCGGCGCAGGCUGGUGAGAAGGCGAGGGAGCAGCGAUUCCACGGGCAGCUGGCUGGGCUUGAUCGGGAGUGA